AAUAACUCCAGCUUCCCCCCUAGCUUUCAGUUUUUGUUAUUAUUCAAAUAAAACCAAUCGAAUUGGGGAAGUCCGGAUCUUUGUCGCUUCAUUUUGACAGAGAUCAGAGCAGACAUUCCCCGGCCGCCCUUCUGCGUCCAACCUUCUUCUUCGUGCGGUGCAGGAAGGACCUCAUCAAUAACCUAACAUCUUCUUCUUCUUCUUUUUUUCUUCCAACGCUGCCCGCUGCUGUACAUAUAUUUAUGCCGAAUUAGAUUGAAGGAGUAAUGCAAGGGCAAAAAAUGGGGGAGCUGGAGGAUGAGCUCAGAGAUCAACUCGGCUUCGCUGAGGAGCAACGGGACCGAGCCCUCGAACAACUUCAGGAUAUCAAACACGAGCUCAAAACUAUAAAAUCUGAGCUUCAAAGAGCCAAAGAGGACAACAUCCAAUGCUAUGAACACAAACAGAAUGAUCCUGAAGUUGAAAUUCUAAGGCAUAGACUUUCUGUCUCGCAAGAAAGUGAGGAAGCCGCAUUGUUGAAGGUCACCAGUUUGAUCGAAGAGCUGAACUCACUGAAGAACGAAGUGAAGCUGGCAACGGACGCGGAGGAGAAAAGCAGAAAGGCGAUGGAGGAUUUGGCGUUAGCCUUAAAGGAAGUCGCGACCGAGUCCGCUGAGGCUCGGGACAAGCUUUCCGGGACUCAGCUUGAACUCGACCAAGUCAAAGAAGAAGCCCAAAAGCUUAAAGAGAUGGUGCGAGGCAGCGAGGAGAGGUACGAGAAGCUCUUAGAAGAUGCCAGGAAAGAAACCGAGAUGCAUAGGAAUACAGUGGAGAGGUUGAGGUUAGAGGCAGAGGAGUCCAUUUUCGCCUGGAACGGGAAAGAGAUGGGGUUUGUGACUUGCAUCAAAAGGGCAGAAGAAGAGCGCGCGGUCGCCCAACAUGAAGCCAAUAAGCUAGCUGAGGCCUUAAGAGCAGCCAGGGAAGAGAGCUACAAGUUGAGGGAUAUAUUGAAACAGGCCAUCAACGAAGCCAAUGUUGCUAAAUCUGCUGCUGACAUAGCCCGGGCCGAAAACUCCCAACUCAAAGAUCUCUUGUCCGAGAAGGACGAAUCGCUACACUUCCUAUCCCGGGAGAAUGAACGUCUCAGGAUUAACGAGGCCGCAGCCAAUGAGAACGUCAAGCAGUUCAAACUAAUGCUCUCCUACGUCUCCCGAGAGCUCAAAGCUGAGGAAAAGGAGGCCUCACCCGAGGACGAAGACGAUGAGGAUGACGACCAUUUGCAAAUGACCAACGGGUCAGAUCCAAGAGACGAAGAGGAGGAUGAAGACUACCACCCUGUGGUGAGAAAGUUCAGUUUCGGCCUCAGCGAGCUGUCGUUGCUCAAGGACGAGGACGAAGAUGCGCAUUCGCGGAUUGAACACGAGGACCCCGAGAAGCUAGAGGCGCUUAAAGGGUCCAUCUUCGACACACCAUUCUCACCCAAGUCAGAGCCGCGGACUCCACAGCGACACACGACGCAUCACCGACGCAAGUCGACCGCGUUCACAGACGCAGAAGGAUCGCCGAGCGCAGAAGAUGCUGAAAAUAGCAGUGCUGACAUUCACCAUCAUAUCGAUGAAUCGGAUAAUGAAAGGAUUUCACAUAGAAGGAAAAGAGCAUUGUUUCGUAGAGUUGGAGACCUUUUAUUGAGAAAGAGUUUCAGCAGGAAGGAACCAUCCCCUUUACCAUCACCUUCCCCAGUCUCAGUUCCACCACAAUCCCCAAUCCAUGAGUAGGAGGCCAGCCUCUAUUCUUUUUUUUUUUGUAUUUCGUAGCUAUAUAUACGCAUAUACAUACACACGUCUAAAUGCUAUAUAUGACGUUUUUUAGAUUCACAUAAUUACAACUCGCGCCAUGGAUAUUCCCGAUGUGCGAAUGUUCUUGUACAGAGUAAUAUUUUAAUUUUCAUUACGUAGUAG